UAAGACAACAAGAUUUGCUGUUUUUGUACUAGGAAACUGCAACCUGCCAACUAAUUAUAAACCUGUUUAGUGUUUAACUGUGAAUAUACCUCGGUGAACUCAUAGCUAAAUUUUAGAACUACCUAAAACUAGCAAUUCUAGCUUGCUAACAUGGAAGAGCUUUUCUUGGUCAAGUUGCUGUGUGCAGUAGCAGUGUUGUUAUCAAUAAUUUAUCAGGUUGAUUGUUUCUCUUCUGGUGCACCGGGGGCAGCAUGCAGCAGCCUGUCUCCUGACCCCACCCGUCAUGGAGCACCACCAAACACCAAUUCAGUGCCUUACAACAUUGAUGUUAGUGCCUUUGAUGUGGGAGGCUCGCUCUUUUACGAGCCCGGGAACACUUAUCAAAUCACUCUGCGUGGAAACUCUGGAGAAAUGUUUCGUGGUUUCCUGAUCCAGGGAAGACAACGUGCAGACGAUACUACUGUGCUGGGAUCAUUCACUCAGAUUACUGCAGCCACCACUAGGCUAGGAUCGUGUUCACCUUCCGCGGGAUCAGUGACCCACAACUCAGCAUCAUUCAAAACCAGUGAAACGUUCACAUGGACAGCCCCAGCUGCUGGCUCAGGAAGCAUUUGGUUUGGGUUUGCUGUAGUCCAAGUCAGAGUAAACUAUUGGGCUAACCAAAGGACAGCGGUUAUUGAAGAGCAAGUGCAAGUUAUUGACUGCGGAGCUCUGCCAAAUCCUACCAACGGACAAGUGGUUCUGCCUUCAACAGUGUUGGGGUCUACUGCCACAUACAGCUGUAACACUGGGUUCGAUCUAGUCGGGGCUUCCACUAGAAUCUGUCAGGCCGACUCCACCUGGUCCGGGGCAGAACCAUCCUGUCAGAUCGUUGACUGCGGAGCUUUGCCAAAUCCUACCAACGGACAAGUGGUUCUGUUUUCAACUGUGUUGGGGUCUACUGCCACAUACAGUUGUAACACUGGGUUCGAUCUAGUUGGUUUUGCCACUAGAUUCUGUCAGGCCGACUCCACCUGGUCCGGGGCAGAACCAUCCUGUCAGAUUAUUGACUGUGGAGUUCUGCCAAAUCCUACCAACGGACAAGUGGUUCUGCCUUCAACAGUGUUGGGGUCUACUGCCACAUACAGCUGUAACACUGGGUUCGAUCUAGUCGGGGCUUCCACUAGAAUCUGUCAGGCCGACUCCACCUGGUCCGGGGCAGAACCAUCCUGUCAGAUUGUUGACUGCGGAGCUCUGCCAAAUCCUGCCAAUGGACAAGUGGUUCUGUUUUCAACAGUGUUGGGGUCUAUUGCCACAUACAGCUGCAACACUGGGUUUGAUCUAGUCGGGGCUUCCACUAGAAUCUGUCAGGCCGACUCCACCUGGUCCGGGGCAGAACCAUCCUGUCAGAUUGUUGACUGCGGAGCUCUGCCAAAUCCUGCCAAUGGACAAGUGGUUCUGUUUUCAACAGUGUUGGGGUCUAUUUCCACAUACAGCUGCAACACUGGGUUCGAUCUAGUCGGGGCUUCCACUAGAAUCUGUCAGGCUGACUCCACCUGGUCCGGGGCAGAACCAUCAUGUCAGAUUGUUGCCAUUGUUGACUGCGGAGCUCUGCCAAAUCCUACCAACGGACAAGUGGUUCUGUUUUCAACAGUGUUGGGGUCUAUUGCCACAUACAGCUGUAACACUGGGUUCGAUCUAGUUGGGGCUUCCACUAGAAUCUGUCAGGCCGACUCCACCUGGUCCGGGGCAGAACCAUCCUGUCAGAUUGUUGACUGCGGAGCUCUGCCAAAUCCUGCCAAUGGACAAGUGGUUCUGUUUUCAACAGUGUUGGGGUCUACUGCCACAUACAGCUGCAACACUGGGUUCGAUCUAGUUGGUUUCACCACUAGAUUCUGUCAAGCCGACUCCACCUGGUCCGGGGCAGAACCAUCCUGUCAGAUUGUUGACUGCGGAGCUCUGCCAAAUCCUGCCAAUGGACAAGUGGUUCUGUUUUCAACAGUGUUGGGGUCUAUUGCCACAUACAGCUGCAACACUGGGUUCGAUCUAGUCGGGGCUUCCACUAGAAUCUGUCAGGCCGACUCCACCUGGUCCGGGGCAGAACCAUCCUGUCAGAUUUUAGAAAUUGCUGUGGAACUUUCCAGUUCAGUGUACUUCUCUGAGGAAGGUGACAGUUUUGUCACUAUCACCAUCACAAAGUCGGCUGUGACUGCCAUGGACAUUGAUGUGAUCAUUUUACUCAGGGACGAAUCUGCAUUGGGUGGUCUUGACUAUGGGCCAUUCCCUGAUGCGGAGGUCAGCAUCACUCACACGCUAGCAGCUACAAGCACUGAGUCUCAGUUUGGCAUUCAGAUCAGAGAAGACUCGAUCGUAGAGGAAACAGAGUCCUUCUCUGUGGAACUGAUGUUGCCCUCUGCCAGCCAGCCAGAUAUCGUGAUUGGGACCAUCAACAGAGCUACUGUCUUCAUUGAGGACAAUGAUAGGAGGAUUGGCCUAGGCGACGAUCCUCACUAUAGCAUCCUGUUACCCAAUGGUCAGUUGCUCUGCUACUCAGUACAGGGUGAACACAACUUCACCUUUAACCUCAUCAGUAACAGUAUCCUUCAAAUGAAUGCUCUCUUCGUACCAGACAAAGUUAGGGAGGAAGUUACGUGGAUUGGCGGGUUGGGAUUGGUCGUGAAACACUCUGCCUACAAAGACUCCACUGUUACCAGGAUGAGGUUUGCACUGGAAGGAAAAAUGCUCUAUAUCGGUGAUAAAGUGAAACUGAGCGUUAAGAAUGUGGAAAGGAUUUCACUGAGUGGAGGCAAGCUUACUGUGUCGGAGGCUGAUAGUGAUGUACAGGUCCCUGAAGUGAAGGUGGAACUGAAAGAUGUUGGUUUGAGCUUUUUUGUGCGAUAUAUGAGCAACCAUCUUGACAUGAUCUGGGACUCUGUGGCCACUCAGCCCAAAGACUCUCAUGGAAUGAUUGGCCAAUUCUUCCGUCCUGGUGUGGACAUAGACGAGGUUCGUCGCAUGCUGGUCCUCCCCACCCUCGAUCCUGUCCCAGUGAUGCGUCGUCCUGUCUGGGCCUUCAUGGAGCGGGAGGAGAAAGAUGACCAACUGUGCUGGACCGCCAUGAACCCCGGCUACCAGGGAAAGGGUCUCCUGGAGGGUCACUACUUUGACUAUUUGGUGGAUGAUGUGCUGUCUAGUGAGUUCAAGUUUGCACCAUAGCCCUAGUUUAAGCAACUGAAUAAGUGACAAGUAUCUAAUUUUAACCUCAUUGUUUCUCAAAUAUUAAACCUAUUAUUACGUUCAAUUGAACUAGUACUCAGUUGUGUAUUUUUAUUGCAAUCACGUGUAACAAUUGUGACAUAUAUAAUUAUUCUAUAAUAGUUGACAACUCUCGA